UUUUAAAUAUUACAGACCAAGGAUACAUCGGAAACGUAUUUUAAUAACACAAUGGCCCCACACAUAAUAUGAUUGUAGUAGAAGUGAACCUUUUAGCGCUAUCGGUGUUUAAGCGCUUUGUCGAGAUCGGCCGGGUUGCCUUCAUUGCUUUCGGUCCUCACGAGGGCAAACUGGUGGCAAUUGUAGAUGUCAUUGACCAAAACAGGGCACUGGUAGAUGGCCCAUGCACUGGAGUGAAGAGACAGGGGAUGCCUUUCAAGUGCUUGCAGCUCACUGACUACGUCAUCAAAGUACCUCACAGUGCCCGUCAGAAGUACGUGAGGCGUGCCUGGGAAAAGGCAGAGAUCAACAAGAAGUGGGAAGAAAGCAGCUGGGCUAAGAAAAUUGAGGCCAGAAAGAAGAGGGCCACAAUGUCUGACUUUGAUCGCUACAAGGUGAUGAAGGCCAAGAAAAUGAGGAACAAGAUCAUCAAGCAUGAGUUGAAAAAGCUGCAGAAAGCUGCAGCACAAAAGAAAGCAUAAUCUAUCUUAAAUAAACGUGUUUGACUUGUAAACUCGUAAAUGU